CAAGCCCACCUUUCAGCCGCUGCCGCCGCUUUCUGUUGCCAGGGUAACGGCCGGAGCCUCGGCGUCCGCUAUUACCAUGGUAACAGUACGAUCAGGCUUCUUGGCCCACAGCAGAAGGUCAGAACGUGGAGGAUCGCAGUGCGGAGUGACAGCAUGGCAAGCGAGGAGGGCUCACUUAUGAAGCUGGAGGCAGUCAUCCAGCGCCUGGAACAUACGGUCCUGAAUCCAGAGAAUGCAGCUGAAGACAGAAUAUUGAGUGUACGUAGUGUGGAAGGCGAGAGGGACACUCUCACUCCUGUGCCCGCCCGCAUCCGAGAAAUUAUCACCCAGAAUCUGAGCGAAGACUCGAGCCAAAGGUACACAGAGACGUAUCCUGAUGUCAGCUUUAAGGAGGAAAACAGAUCUCUGCAGGAUGAAUUAUUUCGUUUGAAAGACUUACUGGUACUAACCCGUGCUGAACGUGAUGACCUUACCAUCAAGAACCAUGCCUUGAGCGAGAAGCUGGAACAACGCCAGACCCAAAGAUCCGGAGAAAGCGACGCCAUGCUAGAUUUAAAAUAUCGCUUCCAGGAGGAGGAGAGUGCGUAUAAGCGCAAAUUAUCUGCUUACCAGGAGGGGCAGCAACGCCAGGCCCAAUUGGUACAGAGAUUGCAGAAUAAGGUCUUACAGUACAAGAGUCGAUGUGGAGAACUGGAGCAACUACUACUGGAUAAAACCUCAGAAAGUGAGCAGCAGAAAUUAUCAUUACAGGCACAACUGGAUUCAGCUGAAUCUACCCGCCACAGAAUGGAUCAUGAUCACAGCACAGAGGUGAAGAGCGCCCUCACAAGGUUGGAGGAAGAGCAGGAGAGAAGCAGCAGCCUGGCACAGGUUAAUAUGACUCUGCGGGAGCAGAUGGAGCAGCUAAAGUUAACAAAUGACAAACUAACCGAGGAGAUGAGGAAACUGACCGCCGACCUGCACAGAUCUCAGGAUGAGCUGGAGCAGCGAGAGUCUGAGUGGAGGAAAGAGAGAGAGACGUAUACCUCAUACCUGAGUAGUGAGCAGAGCAGUAUCCUGACCUUGUGGAGGCAGACAGCAUCACUGCGCAAUCAGUUUCUGGACUUGCGUUCUAUGGCUGAAAGGGGUCUGGCUGAAAUGAAGACAGACAUUUCCCGCAGCUCACGGCGCAUGCACACAGCCUGUCUGAAUUUGGAUUCAAACCUUCGCCUUUCCCAAAAUGCUGUUGGGGCAUCUCUUCAUACAGCCCGCCUGGAACAGCAGCUCCGAGACAAAGUGAGACAAAUGAUUCAACUGCAGAGCCAGUGGGAUGCUGAGAAAGUGGAACUGAACUCCAGAAUCAAGGAGCUGUCUAUGAAAGCUGACAAGCUGAAAGAAGAGAACAGCAGGAUGGAGAAGGAAAAGCAAAGACUAGAAAACACUGGCUGUAACACCUGGCAAGAGCUGGAAGGUGUCAGAGAGGAAUGUGAAUCACUACAGCAGAACUUAAAUUCCAUCACUCAGAUGUGUCAAGCAGAUGUAAUGCCGGAUACCUUGAAUAUAGAAGACAGAAAUGCUGAUGAUGAAUUGCGACGUUCUGUAUCUCCGUCUAGCAGGAGAUCUCCUACUCGUAUGCGUUCACCUCAUAGACAAGACACGGCCAUUAAGGCAGUACAGAAUGCUCUGCAAAGACGCCAGGAGAGGGAGAAGGAGCUGCUCUCUGAAUUGGCGAGUGCACUACAGUCGGUGGAGGACACCAAGAGGCAGCUGUCGGAGAGUCUGCAAGACUCAGAGAGAAGAGGCCAUAAGUUAAAGAGGGAGAAGGAUGAGAUCAGUAAUCUACUGGAGAACAUAAAACAGGAAUCUCAGAGGUGUCAGUCCAGUCUGGAAUCUCUGAACAGAGAGAAGAAGGAGAUAGAAGAGUCUUUAGAGACCGCAAAACAGAGGGCAGAGGCAUCCCUGAUGGAGAUCGAGAGAUUGAAGGCUGUGAAUACAGAGUUACUGCGGCAGAGGGAGGUUCUGGAAGAGCAAAAGGAAGAACUCAACAGGGAGCGGGAACGUAAUCAGAAGGAGCUGGAGAGAGGACAAAGGACCCAAGAGAAGUUGGAAGAAAAAGUUUCAGUGCUGAAGAAAGACCUGGUUACUGUCAGAGAGAGCUUAAGUCAGAUGAUACUUGAAAGAGAUGUCCUGCAAGGAGAGAAAGAUGCCGUGUCCAGUGCUCUUAGCAAGGCUGAGUCUAGCAGAGCGGAACUAGAGCUGGCACUGAACCAGAUGCGCAGUGAACGGGCGACACUAAAUGACUCAUUGGCCAAAAUGGGUGCAUUGAAUGAAGGUUUAGCACAAGACAAAGUGGCGUUGAAUCGUCUGAUUUUACAGCUGGAGGCUGAUCGCAGUUUAAUGCAGGAGGACAGGCGUGUUAGCGAGGCUAGCUGUGCUGCACUGAGGGAGCAGCGGGAAGCACUGGAGAUUGAGGUAUCUCAGCUGCAGGCGGAAAGAGCCGGACUGGAAAGGAGGUGCCUUGAGGUGGAAGAGAAGCAGCAGAGGACUGAGGAGCAGCUACAUAGCAUGCGCAGGGAAAGAGCUAAAUUAAAGGAGCAGCUUGCACAGGCCAAUGCAGUAGUACAAACACUUCAAGAUCAGUUGCAGGAAAAUCGAAGGGAGUUGGAGAAACAAGCAUCAGCCUUGCAGCGUGCAGGACAGCGCAUCGAAGAGCUGACCAAUCAAAAUGCAGAGCUUGGCGUUCAGGUAGCCACCCUGGAAGCGGAAAGACAUGAACAAGAAGAUGAAGUUGCUCAGUUGCGGGCACAGAAGGAAUCUCUAGAGAGCACCUUGUACGAUACCCAGCGCCGGGCGGCCCAGCUGGAAGAUCGCCGAGAACAACUGGAAGGAGAGAUACACACGUUAAUACUUGCUAAACAAAACCUUCAAGCGGAGGCUCAACACCAGGCCCUGGAAGCGGAAGAAGCCAUGGCUGAGCUGCGGCAACAGAAGGUCAAAGUGGAGCUGCAACUAGCACAAACAGAGCAAACCGCACAGAUCUCAUUCAGCAACCAGGCCCAGCAGCACCAAGAUAAUGUAGAGCGGCUCAAGAGGGAGAAGGAGUCACUGCUGCUGGCCAUGAUGGAGGAGAAGCAGGAGGCAGUCCAGCGUAUGGAGAACGAGAAAGAGGAGCUAAUAUCCGAGUGUGAGAACAUCAGGCAGAAGCUGAGUACGGAGGUUGUUCGCUUGCAAGAGGAGAGGGAAGAAAGUUUACUGCGGGUGGAAAACGAGAAACAAAAGGCUCUGCUCCAAAAGGAAACCGAGAAGAAUGCUUUGAGCGAAAGGCUGAUGCAGACCCAGAGGGAGCUUUCUGACACCAAACUGGAGGCUGAGAGGUUUAGACGGGAAGCUCGGAUCGGGCAAGACCAGGACAAGGCAAUGCUGGACGGAGUCUCUUCAGAACUGAAAGCUCUGCAGUCGGAGUUUGAAGAUGCCGUGUCAGCACACUCUAAAGAGAACAAGAGCCUAUGUGAGCGUGUCAGACAACUGAGUCAAGACAGGGAAAACCUGACCAAAGAGAUGGAAGAGCUGAGAACCCAGCUCCGUUUAGCAGAGGAUGCCAGAGAUGGGUUGCGCAGGGACAUCAUUGAAGUCCAGCGCCUGCUGCGGGAGACAGAAGAGACGUGUGAAUUACAGAGGAAGGAAGCUUUAGAGUUACGCCGAGAUCUUGGUGACCUGACACGUGAAAGAGAAACUCUGCAGAAAUCGAACACUGAACUGAGAGCAUCCAUCAAGAAAACAGAGACCGAAAGGAGCAGCCUGCAGGUGGCAAUAGAGGAGAAGCUGCAGCGCUUAGCCGGACUGCAGGAGGCCAAGUCAUGCGUUGAGCGGGAAGCAGCCCAACUGAGAACCAGUUUGCGUGAGGUAGAGCGAUCACACAUUGAGGCCCGCAGACAACUUCAAGAGCUGCGCAGACAGGUAAAAACACUUGGAGGAGAGAGCAGUCAGAAGGAGCAAGAAGUGGUUGAUCUUCAGGCCCGGAUACAACAGGAGGAGCAGAAAGAGCAGCAGAGUCGAAGAGAGUCACUCGAACUGAGACAGCGUAUAACAGAGAGCGAGGCUGAGAAAGAAGCUGCCCGCAGAGAGAUUUUGUCUCUACAGCAGCGUCUUUUAGCCUUAGAGUCAUCAUCUCGCCAACGUGAGAGAGACUUUGAGCAAAGGAUGAGCGAUAGCCGUGCCGGAGAGCAAAGACUUCAAGAAGGAUGCAAGACCCUUCAGGAGCAGCUACAGCGGGGCACCACCGAUACGGCUGAUCUUAAACUUCAGCUUGGAGCUUGUGAGACUCGGGUGCGAGCCCUAGAAACUGAACUGAAUCGGAUCCAGGCGGCACGAAGGGAGAUGGAAACCCAGCUAAACACUCUGCACUCAGCUAUAAGACGCACAUUAGGUAUCAGAGGACGCAGCGCCUCACCUCACAGAGCAUUGUCUCCCAGUAAAGGUCUUGAUGGCUCCAUAAGUGGUCUCUUGGAUGGUCGAAGGACACCAUGUUCAAGAGGGGGGUCUCCUGAUCGUGUUCGUUCCCCUUAUCCAGAAAUUGAACCUGAGGGAGUGAUUGUAGCUCUGAAGGAUCUUCUGCAGGAACAAAGGGAGACUCAGAGAGAGAGGGAUGAGGCCGGCAUAGAGAUCAUGUCUCUGCGCAGACAACUAGAUGACAGCUCAAACCAUUCUGAGAGAUUGCAGAACCAGCUGCAGAAACUGCAGAGACAGCUGACCGAGCUCCACCAAGGGGAACAGAAAAUGGAGGAGCGUCUUGGCACCUCUCACACAGAAAUGCGUCUGCUGCAGGACAACUUGCGUCAAGUGGAGCUAGAUCGAAAGGCUGCAGAAGAGCGCGCCCUCAAACUGGAGCACGGUUUACGUGUCAGCGAAGAUGAGAAGAGGGAUCUACAGGAGCGGCUGUGCCGGGCUCGUAGCGAUGAAGGCAGGCAUGAACUUGAGUGCAAAAGCCUAAGAGAGGUGCUGGAAGCCUCAGAGAACCGCGGCACGGACUUGGAGCUAAGACGCCGCUCCCUGGAGGGUGAACUGGAGAGGACGCGCCUUUGUCUUGCAGAGAGGGAAGCAGAGGUGCAGUCCCUACAGGACAGGGCACAUUCUUUGCAGGACCACCUGAAAGAGAGUGAGGAUAGGGAGGUGACUCUGCAGAGGGAGGUGCAGCGGUUGAGCCUUGCAUUGUCCAGGUCACAGGAUGGCGAGCGGCAGUUGCAAGAGAAGUCGCAGGGGCUGUCACAAGCACUUGGAGAAGCAGCAGCUGGUAAAGGAAACUUGCAAGAUGAUGUGAACAGACUACAGGGAGCAUUGACAGCGGCCGAGCAAGACAGACGAGUGUUACAGGAGCAGCUGGAUUCCGUGCGGCAGGCAUUGAGUGACAGCAAGAGACAGAACCUGCGUCUUUCCCAGACGGUCCAGGAGCACCAACAGCAGCUGGGAGAACUGCAGCUGACGUGCAGGGAAUAUCAGGCCCGGGCCGAGGAGCUGCAGCAGGCUCUUCUCAAACACCAGCAGAGGGAGAAAGAACAGGGUGCUGCACUUGUUGACCUGCAGGAAAGAGUGAAGGUGCUCCAAGGGGACAAGACACAGGUGGAGAUUGUUAAACAGGACAUUCAACACUCCGCGACUCUUCUAGAGAAAGGGAACAACACACUAAGAGCUGCUCUGGAAAAGGCGAAGCGCGAGCAGCUGCGUUUGGAAGGGGAAACACAACGGCUCAACAUAGAGAAGGAGCAGCUAAACCAACUGGUGAUAUCCCUGAAAAAAGAUGUAACUGAAGCACAGAGACAGAAUCAAUACUUGGAGACGCAGAUGACGGAGAUGGAACGUGCUCAUUCUCAGAGGCUUAUGGAACUAAGUGUGAGACAUCGUCAGGAGCUGGACACAGAGAGUGAAAGACUGCGCAAUACUCAGCAGCAGGCAGAGACUACAUUGGAGUCUAGAGAGAGAGCGCAUAGACAGAGGAUCAGGGGGUUGGAGGAGCAGGUAACCACACUACAGGAGCAGCUCGACAUGGAGAUUAAACGUAGACAGCAAUCCUUGCGUUCUGUUCAUUAACCCCUUCCUAACAAGAAAAAAAAAAACACCAUCUGAAUGUAUCUGCUGGAACUAUUUGUAUCUGGAUAUCUAUGUCUACGGAGAGUCAUAUGGAGGUUCCUAUUUGUACCAUGCACGAAGUAAAGCUAUGGCUACUACAAAGCAUUGUCAGAUAGAGGCGAUUACUCCUUUUGGUUUUUGAUUUGUUGUCAUAAAACAUAUUUUAUGUGCACUGCAGUCCUACAUUUAUUAUAGGGGGUAUUCUCUUAUGGGGCAGAUUAAUCAUCACAUGAAAGACAUUUAUAACCAGAUAUAAAAUACUAUCUUGUUUUAUUGAUCUUCUCCUUUGAUUCAACUGAAUUUUUCUUUUAGUAGUGGCCAAUGAAAUACUACUGCAAAUAACAUUUUCAAUACACACUACACUUUGAUGAUGAUGGCGAUUGCCACCUACUCACAACAGUUCCAAGACUACAGCUAAAGCAGAACCUUUCCCACAGCAGAUUGUCGGGAGGGAAGCGUUCCUUAUUGACAAUCUGCUGAUCGCUGGUAGAGGAGACUGGUUGCAUUUACAUGCAGCGAUCUGCUCCAGAGUACGGGGAGGAGUGAUCACUAAUGCCAUCUCUCUUCCCCAUAAGGACUCGUUGUUUGCCGGCAGCAGAUCCUGUUUACUCGGCAUGAUCUGCUGCCGGUAAACGAUCGUUUUUGUGUGCGCACAAGCGAUCGUAUUACCAGAUGAAUGAGCCUUUCACUCGUUCUUCGGCGGUACAUUUACACCGUCCGAUCAUUGCUAACGAGCGUUACUAUGAAUGCUUGUUAAAGGGCUCUUAAAAGACACGGUAAUGCUGAUAUUUUACCAGAAGCUCUCACCUAAUCAUUAUGUCCUUGGUUUUAACAAAAAAAAAUCAGUUCUGAAGAAUGGAAAUUUGUUUCAGUGUUUUUCCAAACAUAUAUAGAGGACCUCUCUUCUCAGGCCUUAUUGAUAACAAAUCGAGCCUUGAAUCAGCUCAGAGAGACAAUGGGGCAUAAUAAAAAAAAGUCCAGCAGGAUAAGAUGUGCUUCACUUAUUAAUGGGGCUGCACCAAAUUUUCAAGUUAUUCCCUAUCCACAGGAUAGGGAUAACGAACUGAUCUUGGGAGUCUGACCACUGGGCCCCCCACUGAUCAUGAGAACAGGGUCCCGCUGCCACUUCCUGAUGGAGCGGCAGGUCGAGCAUGUGCACUGUGGUAAAUAGGCAAGCUCUGUACUGUAUAAUGAAUGGAGCAGCAGGGUGCAUGCUUGAACUGCUACUAUCCACAGGAGAGGGAUAACUAACUGAUUGUAGGGGUCCCAACAUUGGGACCCCGACUGAUCCUGAGAACAGGGUCCCACAUUCACGUCCUAAUGGAGCAGCGGGUCAAGCCUAUGCACUGCCGCUCUAUUCCUUUCUAUGGGACAAGCUCUGUAUUCAGCUAUCUCCGCUGCUCCCAUUGAAAAUGAAUGGAGCAGAUGGGUGCAUGCUAGACCUGCUGCUCUAUCAGGACGGGUGGGAUCGGGACCCCUGUUCUCCCAAACAGUAGGGGUCUCAGCGGUCAGUCCCUACCAAUCAGUUAGUUAUCUCCUAUCCGGUGGACUUGAAAACUUGGCGUAACCCCCUUAAAUACCUUUCCGCUAUAAAUUACCUCAGUUUUCUGACAUAAAUUAUGAUAAACUUGUUGGGCCUCGGUGGACCUCCCUGCACCUUCCACUAAGCCCUGACCACCUUCCCCAAAAGUUGUUUGGCAGAAAAAUCUAAAAGUUGCUAAUUUUUUGCAAAAUAUGUGCAAUUUUUUUUUAGAUUAAAAUAUUUGAUAAAUUCUCCCUGUUAAUUGCAAUAAAAAUGAAAAACUGUA